AUGACGGACAACCACAGGACCACCUACAUCCCUGCGAACCUGCUGCCAGUUGUGGUCCCCCCAGACUCCUACGACGACUUUCGGUCCAAAAGUACUCCUCUUAUCAUUGACAACGGGUCGACCAACAUACGCUUUGGUUUCUCCACCGCCUCUUCCCCUCACUCAAACCUGAAUGUCGUCGCCAAAUACAAAGAACGAAAAUAUAAUAAGCCUCUACUCUUGUUCGGUGAUGCCAUCGACGCGGAAAGCGGAGCCAAAGGACAGGCAAGAACUCCAUGGGAGGGGGAUGUGCUACUCAAUUUCGAUGCACUAGAGAAUGCAUUGGACUAUGUUUUCAUACGUCUUGGCAUAGACACUUCAUCGGUGGAACAUCCGAUAUUGAUGACUGAGAGGCUAAGUUCCUCAUUGCACUCUCGAGCUUUGACCUCAGAACUCAUGUUCGAGCAGUAUUCGGUACCCUCUGUGACAUACUGCGUGGACUCCCUCAUGUCCUUCUACCAGAACAACAAGCCAGGCUCUUCUGAACGUUUCACAUCGGAUGGUUUAGUCGUCUCAUUCAACACGGCGUCAACUUCAGUCGUGCCGGUUGUGGAAGGUAGAGGUAUUAUGAGCCACGCUAAGCGAAUACCAUGGGGCACGCAACAGUCAACCGACUAUCUGCUAAAGCUCAUACAACUAAAGUAUCCAAGUUUCCCAACGCGGGUGACCUCAACACAAACCAAUUGGAUGCUUCGCAACUUAUGUGAAUUCGCAACAGACUACCCUGCCCUGCUGCGCUCUAUGAAGAAUCCGCUGCAUUUACGCGAAUCGGAAUAUAUAGUUCAAUUUCCAUUUGCCAUACCUAUUGUGGAAGAAAAAACAGAGGAGGAGCUGACGCGGAUAGCGGAGAAAAGGAAAGAGCAAGGCAAGAAGCUGCAGGAAAUAGCGGCUAAGAAUAGGAUGGAGAAGUUAGUUCAAAAGGAAAAUGACCUGCAAUAUCUCAACAACUUGAAGGAAGGCCGUUCAGAUAACAAGAGAGAGUGGAUAAAUACUCUUCAGUCCGAGGGUUUCGAAGACGAAGGAGCUCUGGAUGAUAUUAUAAAGAAAUUGGAGCUCGAUCUCAAACGAGCCCGAAAGAAAGAAGCGGAUGGAGACGACAGUGUUGAAGAACCAUCAUUUUCUCUCAUUGAGGUUCCUGAUGUUGAGUUGGAUGAAGAAGGUCUGAAGGAGAAGAAAAAGCAAAAGUUAAUGAAGGCUGGGUUCGAGGCACGUGCCAGGGCUAGACGAGAGAAAGAGAAGGAAAGAGAAGAAAAAGAAGCUGAUGAAAAGCGCGAUGAAGAAGAACGGGAGAGAGACAUUGGGAAAUGGUCAGGUAAACUACGACAAGAACAAGAGGCAAUCAUGAAUAGGAUUAAGGAUAGAAAUCGACGAAAAGCUGCGUUAAGUGACAGAAAAAGCGCAGCGGCUCAGGCGAGGAUGAAGAGCAUUGCAACGUUAGCUGCUGAUGACCGAGUUCCGAAAAAGAAGCGGAAAACUGGAGCAGAGGAUAUGUUUGGGGCAGAUGAUGAGGACUGGGCGAUCUACCGCAAGAUUAAUACGGCGGCGGCAUCGUCAGACGAGGAAGAUGACAUAAAUCAGUUACAGACAAUCGAGCUUAAGCUCUUGGCUCAUGAUCCAACUUUCACCACUGAACACACACAUGCUUCGAUAGCCUCACAGCGAUCCGCCCUCAUUUCAGCGUUUAGGCCUCGAUAUGAAGAAGGUGAUAUUGAAGGUAAUACCCGAAUACAUCUCAACACUGAGAGAUGGCGGGUAUGCGAAGCGUACUUCUCACCUGGAAUGGCUGGUGUCGACUCUGCAGGUGUGGGAGAAGUGAUCCAGAAUGUAUUAGCACGAUUUUCAAACAGCGAUAAAGCACGCUUAGUGAAGAACGUUUUCGUGACCGGAUCUCCUUCAAAGCUCCCCGGCCUAAUACCCAAAUUACAUGCCACUCUACGGCCCAUCUUGCCACCAGAAAUGCCGUUGGAGAUUAUAAGAGCAGUUGAUCCAGAGAUUGACGCUUGGAAAGGUAUGGCAGCCUUCGCUAACACCGAGGAGUUCGAGCGUGUUGGAGUCACAAAGGCAGAAUAUGAGGAAUGGGGCGGAGAAACGAUCAGGAGAUGGUGGGGAGGGAACUGGAAUUCAUCCAUGUAGUCUUGCCAAUGCACGUACAGGACAAUAGUACAAUAUGGCUGCAGGUGAGUAGCAGAAAGCAGAAAAAAUAUCAAAACAGCCAAGUGGCGUUCGUCUACAUGACAUGUACAGAACGCGAGGUACCAUCUACGAACAGCAACCUGUCGUCGUCUGCGUCGACGGUUGAUUCACUUUCACAGACCCGUCGGCACUGGGUGAACCUCCGGCCGCAGCUGCAGUAUCAGCCUGUGUGUCAAUGAGUCGAGUUUUGAUAUCCCUGGCAAGAGUAAAGAAAGCUUCUUCCACGCCGUCGUUUACCUUCGCUGACGUCUCCAUAAACCUGAUGCCAAGUUCCUCGGCCAAUUCCCGACCUUGUUCCUCAGUGACGGCUCGUUUGUCUGUCCAGUCAGACUUGUUACCGAUAAGGAUCUUGUUGACGCCUUCCGAGGCAUGUUGCUCUAUAUUUGCGUGCCAGGUACGAAUAUUGUUGAAUGAUCGUUCGUCGGUAACAUCAUAUACAAGCAAGAUACCCAUGGCGCCACGGUAGUAAGCGGUGGUGAUUGUUCUAAACCGUUCCUGACCUGCAGUAUCCCAGAUUUGCAGCUUUAUGCGCUUUCCAUCAAGCUCGAUUGUCCGAAUCUUGAAGUCGAUGCCGAUGGUGGUGAUGAAGGAAGGCGUCCAGGCGUCGUCACAGAAGCGCAGCAAGAGACAUGACUUUCCGACACCUGAAUCGCCGAUUAAGAGAAGCUUGAUGAGAAAAUCAUAGUGGGGAGGAGGCAUGCUGAGAAAGGAGUAUACUGGAUUAUCUGCACGAUGGUGAGUAGCGUGCUGUCCUC